AUGACUCAGAAGAUGAGAAUACCGGCGAAGAUGGUGGCAAUCUUCGAAGCCACGACAGGCGCUUCGUUCUCGAAUAUUGAGAAAAUCGCCUUUUCUAUUGGAGAUGUUCUAUUAGCCGCUGGUCUGGGGCCGAGCGUCAUGCAGUUCAAGUGCUGUCCUUUGAACAUCAAAAUUGGCCUCGAUGUUGAGCUCUUCGUUCAGCAAUUCGUUCUCGAUAAGGUCUCAGUGGUUGAUGAAUCACCUUGCCCACGUCUGACAUUCCCAUAUUGUUAUCGGAGUCGAAAUUUACGUCUACUGCUAUAG